GGGGAAGAGACCAGUUGCGCAGAAAAAAAAGUUUUAGAGAAUGGCUCCUAAACCAAGGGAAGGCCUGCUGCUACUGCUUUAACUCCAGCUGGAAAUUCCAGCAAACUUGGGAAGACUGGCCUGGGCACCACUGCCAGCUUGGUGACCUGCCAGGAUCAUGGAUUUUCCUGGACACUUUGAACAGAUCUUCCAGCAGCUGAACUACCAGAGACUUCACGGGCAGCUCUGUGAUUGUGUCAUUGUUGUGGGGAACAGACAUUUUAAAGCCCACCGCUCGGUACUGGCGGCAUGCAGCACGCAUUUCCGAGCCCUCUUCUCAGUGGCAGAGGGAGAUCAGACCAUGAACAUGAUCCAGCUGGAUAGCGAGGUAGUGACAGCGGAGGCCUUUGCCGCACUGAUUGACAUGAUGUACACCUCCACGCUCAUGCUGGGGGAGAGCAACGUUAUGGAUGUCUUAUUGGCAGCCUCUCACCUGCAUUUGAACUCUGUUGUUAAGGCAUGUAAACAUUACUUAACGACAAGGACACUGCCCAUGUCUCCCCCCAGCGAGCGCGUCCAGGAGCAGAGUGCCCGCAUGCAGCGCUCCUUUAUGCUGCAGCAGCUGGGGCUAAGUAUCGUGAGCUCAGCCCUCAGUUCCAGCCAGAGCGGCGAGGAGCAGCCGGCCCCCAUGAGCUCUUCGCUGCGCAGUAACCUGGACCAACGGACGCCCUUCCCCAUGAGACGCCUUCAUAAGCGCAAGCAGUCUGCAGAGGAGCGGGCCAGGCAGCGCCUCCGGCCUGCCAUGGAUGAGUCUGCCAUUGCUGAUGUCACGCCAGAGAACGGGCCGUCAGGGGUUCAUUCUCGGGAGGAGUUCUUUUCACCGGAUUCUCUGAAAAUCGUGGACAACCCUAAGGCUGACGGAAUGGCCGACAACCAGGAAGACAGUGCCAUCAUGUUUGACCAGUCUUUUGGUGCUCAAGAAGACGCCCAGGUGCCCAGCCAGUCCGACAACACUGCUGGCAACAUGGCCCAGUUGUCCAUGGCCUCUCGUGCAACUCAGGUUGAGACUAGUUUUGAGCAGGACGCUGCUGCUGAGAAAAGUGGUUUUCAGUGUGAAAAUCCCGAGGUUGGCCUCGGAGAGAAGGAGCACAUGAGAGUGGUGGUUAAGUCGGAGCCCCUGAGCUCUCCUGAGCCUCAGGAUGAAGUGAGCGAUGUGACCUCCCAAGCAGAAGGCAGCGAAUCUGUGGAAGUGGAAGGGGUUGUGGUCAGUGCCGAGAAGAUAGACCUCAGCCCUGAAAGUAGUGAUCGGAGUUUUUCAGAUCCCCAGUCUAGCACGGACAGGGUAGGUGACAUCCAUAUUUUGGAAGUCACAAAUAACCUGGAGCACAAAUCCACUUUCAGCAUUUCAAGUUUUCUUAACAAGAGCAGAGGGAGUAACUUUAGUGCAAGUCAGAACAAUGAUGAUAAUAUCCCAAACACUACUAGUGACUGUAGGCUGGAGGGGGAGGCCCCUUAUUUGUUGAGUCCGGAGGCUGGGCCCGCGGGCGGGCCCUCUUCAGCCCCUGGCUCUCACGUGGAGAACCCGUUCAGCGAGCCUGCAGACUCCCAUUUCGUCAGGCCUAUGCAAGAAGUGAUGGGCCUGCCCUGCGUGCAGACCUCAGGCUACCAAGGAGGAGAACAGUUUGGGAUGGACUUUUCCAGGUCUGGUUUGGGCCUCCACUCCUCCUUCUCCAGGGUCAUGAUGGGCUCCCCGAGAGGAGGAGCCAGUAACUUUCCAUACUACCGACGCAUAGCUCCCAAAAUGCCAGUCGUAACGUCUGUCAGGAGCUCCCAGAUCCCAGAAAACUCGGCCAGUUCCCAGCUAAUGAUGAACGCGGCCACGUCCUCAUUUGAAAAUGGCCAUCCUUCGCAGCCCGGCCCUCCACAGUUGACCAGGGCGUCCGCUGAUGUCCUGUCCAAGUGCAAGAAGGCCUUGUCCGAGCACAACGUCUUGGUUGUAGAGGGCGCUCGCAAGUACGCCUGCAAAAUCUGCUGCAAGACUUUUCUGACCCUGACGGAUUGCAAGAAGCACAUCCGAGUUCACACAGGGGAAAAGCCCUACGCCUGCCUCAAGUGCGGCAAGAGGUUCAGUCAGUCCAGCCACCUGUAUAAACACUCGAAGACCACGUGCCUGCGCUGGCAGAGCAGCAACCUCCCCAGCACUUUGCUCUAACCCCGACCCCUCGAUGUCGGGCCAGUGCCCGUUGUCCGACUGAAGCGGACGGCUCUUCUGGUUGGUGGUGAACGCCAUCGGGCUUGAGGCUUCCGGCCCCCCGACGGCUCAUGCAAAUUCCGGUGACUAGUAAGUGGAGAAUUCACACGCGGAGCACUUGUGCCGCUGCUGCUUCUCGGAGCGAGAUGCAGGCUUUUGGAGAGGGACAUGAUCCCUGAAACCGAGUUCUUCCUUAGGGCUGAGUAAAGCAGUCAGAAAGUAGUUUGUAAUUCAUGGCGUUAAAAGUGGCACAUUUAAAAAAUUAAAAAUGGAAGUGCAAAAAAAUUUUUUUAGCAA